UGGUCUCUGUUGUCAGGCGGGGAGCGAGCAGAGAGAGCCGGAGGAAGAGCAGAACUUUUCCAGCUGCUGUUUAACUUGUUUUUUUGACUCUUUUGGACUCAGUUUCGGGCAUCAUGGACGUGGCUACAGCAAACGCGGAGACCGGCGGAGUGACGGUGAAGGACGAGCUGGCAGAAAAAUGCCAGAAGUUGUUCCAGGCUUUCUUAGAGGAGUUUCAGAGCGGGGAUGGAGAGGUGAAGUACGUCCGGGAGGCUGAGGAGCUGAUCAGGCCUGAAAGAAACACUCUUCUGGUGAGCUUCUUAGACCUGGAGGGCUUCAACCAAGAGCUGGCUGACACCAUCAAGGAGGAGUACUACAGAGUUUACCCCUACCUUUGCCGGGCUGUUCGUAACUUUGCUCGGGAUCAUGGGAACGUCCCUCUGAACAAAGAGUUCUACGUUGCUAUCGAAGAUCUUUCAACCAGGCACAAGAUCCGUGAGCUGUCCUCCAUGCGUAUCGGUACUCUGGUGAAGAUCAGUGGUCAGGUGGUGAGGACGCACCCGGUCCAUCCUGAGCUGGUGAGCGGGACCUUCGUCUGCAUGGACUGCCAGGCGGUGAUCAAAGACGUUCCCCAGCAGUUCAAGUACUCCCCGCCCACCAUCUGCAGGAACCCUGUCUGCAGCAACCGCUCCCGCUUCCACCUGGACACGCACAAAUCCAAGUUCAUCGACUUCCAGAAGGUGAGGAUCCAGGAGACGCAGGCGGAGCUGCCUCGAGGAUCCAUCCCACGAUCGAUGGAGAUCAUCCUGAGGGCAGAAGCUGUAGAGACGGCUCAGGCUGGGGACCGCUGUGACUUCACAGGGACCCUCAUCGUAGUGCCGGACGUCUCCCAGCUCAGCACUCCGGGCCUGCGAGCAGAGACCAGUACUCGCGUUCCUGGAGGUCCUCAGGGCUUUGAGUCUGAGGGUCUGAGGGGACUGAAAGCUCUGGGAGUCAGAGAGCUGUCGUACAGGCUGGCCUUCCUGGCAUGUAACGUGGCGCCCACUAACCCACGGUUUGGAGGUAAAGAGCUGCGGGACGAGGAGCAAACGGCUGAAAGCAUCAAGAGUCAGAUGACGGAGAAGGAGUGGGAGAAGGUGUUUGAGAUGAGCCAGGACAAGAACCUGUACCACAACCUGUGCACCAGCCUCUUCCCCACCAUCCACGGCAACGACGAGGUGAAGCGCGGCAUCCUGCUCAUGCUGUUCGGAGGCGUUCCCAAGACGACCAUGGAGGGGACCUCGCUGAGGGGAGACGUCAACGUCUGCGUCGUCGGAGACCCGAGUACCGCCAAGAGCCAGUUCCUCAAACACGUGGAGGAGUUCAGCCCCAGAGCUGUGUACACCAGCGGCAAGGCCAGCAGCGCCGCCGGUCUGACGGCAGCUGUCGUCCGUGACGAGGAGUCCCAUGAGUUUGUCAUCGAGGCCGGAGCCCUGAUGCUGGCAGACAAUGGCGUGUGCUGCAUUGAUGAGUUCGACAAGAUGGACCUCAAGGACCAGGUGGCCAUCCAUGAAGCCAUGGAGCAGCAGACCAUCAGCAUCACCAAGGCUGGAGUCAAGGCCACCCUGAACGCACGCACCUCCAUCCUGGCUGCUGCCAACCCCGUCAGCGGACGCUACGACCGCAGCAAGAGUCUGAAGCAGAACGUCAACCUGUCCGCUCCCAUCAUGAGCCGCUUCGACCUCUUCUUCAUCCUGGUGGACGAAUGUAACGAGGUCACGGAUUACGCCAUCGCCAGGCGCAUCGUGGACCUGCACUCACGUGUGGAGGAGUCUGUGGACCGGCUCUACUCUCUGGAUGAGAUCCGUAGAUAUCUGCUUUUCGCCCGGCAGUUCAAACCUAAGAUCUCCAGUGAGUCUGAGGAGUUCAUCGUGGAGCAGUACAAGCGUCUCCGUCAGCGCGACGGCUCCGGUAGCGUGUCCAAGUCUGCCUGGAGGAUAACGGUGCGACAGCUGGAGAGCAUGAUCCGCCUUUCAGAGGCCAUGGCACGCAUGCACUGCUGCGAUGAGGUGCAGCCUAAACAUGUGAAGGAAGCUUUCCGUCUGCUGAACAAGUCCAUCAUCAGGGUGGAGACGCCUGACAUCAACCUGGAGCAGGAGGAGGAAAUGGAGGAUGAGCAGCAGCAGGAAGACGGGAACAAUGUCCCGAAUGGAGUGGACGGUAUCAACGGUCAUGUGAACGGAGUCAACGGCCACGUCGAUGGUAUGAACGGUGAGGCGGACCACGGCACCCAGCCUAAGCCCUCUCUUCGUCUGUCCUUCGCCGAGUACAAACGCAUCUCUAACCUGCUGGUUCUGCAUCUGCGCCGAGCAGAAGACGCUGAAGAAGAGGAGGAGCUGAAGAAGACGGCGGUGGUCAACUGGUAUCUGAAGGAGAUUGAGUCGGAGAUCGACUCUGAGGAGGAGCUCAUCAACAGGAAAGGCCUGAUAGAGAAGGUCAUCCACAGGCUGGUCCACUACGACCACAUCCUGAUCGAGCUGACUCAGGCCGGGCUCAAGGGCUCAGAAUCCGAAAGCUCAGAGGGAGACGUUGUUCUGGUCGUCAACCCCAACUACAUCCUGGAGGACUGAACCAUAUCUGGAAGCCCACCUGUUUGAUCCCCGCUUGUUCCGCAUGUGUCUCAGAAGGAUGUUUAAAUUCCUCUCUGCUGUACAAAGGCUUAAAAUUUGACUUGUAGCAAAAUAUGAUGUUGUAAAUAUGCUGUUUUGGUCAGUUGAACCUUUCUGAACUAUGGGACUAUUCAUUGUGUUGCAAACUGUAUCAUAGGCAGACACCAGUGCUUUGUUCUCAAGCUGUAUUAUUGUAAUAUUUGGGAAUGUUUGUUCUAGUAAUAAAA